AUGUCGCGUACAGAGCCGGUGUCGAUUGAGAGUCUGCUGAAGAAACAAAAAGAGGAAAAGGAGGCAGCUGCAAAGCCAAAAUUCCUGUCCAAAGAGGAGCGAGCAGCACUGGCCAUUGCGAAACGAACACAGGAAAUCAAGGAGCAGAAACUCAAGGAUGAGAAUGCGAAGAAGGAUAGGGCUGCACUGGAGAAAGAGGCAGAUGGCCUGAGAUACCGGGACAAUCGACGCUAUGGACACCCAGAACGAAAUCACCAUCACCGCAACGACCGCAACGACCGCCGGACUAACAGCUCUACCAAUCCCAAUAUCCCAACCGGGCCCCGUGCAGACAGAGGCAUGGCUCCUCCGCCGCCGCCGGAAAAGACAGCAGAAUCUUCAUACACACCCCCAAUGUCUUCGACAGACAUGGAUGCCAUACGGUCGCGGUAUCUUGGUGUCGACAAGAAGAAGCGUAAGAUUCGGAAGAUGAAUGACCGCAAGUUUGUGUUUGACUGGGAUGCGCAAGAUGACACCUUCGCCAAUGACCCUCCGCCCGCAAACCGGCAAGGUGCACAGACCAUGUUUGGUAGAGGACAUCUUGCUGGAAUGGACGAUAUACGACCGACAUCCACCCAGACGUCAUCCAUUACAGCCAACCUUGCGGACCCCCUUGAACGUCGAAAGGCUCUCAAAUCGGGGUUAGACGAGCGUCAUUGGUCAGAAAAACCUCUUUCUGAGCUGAAAGAGAGGGAUUGGCGUAUAUUCAGGGAAGACUUUUCGAUCAGUGCACGAGGAGGCCAGAUUCCUCAUCCACUACGAAGUUGGGAAGAAAGUGAAAUACCGAAGCCCAUCUUAGAUGUCAUCGCGACAAUUGGUUAUAAGGAACCUAGUCCUAUCCAGAGACAAGCGAUUCCCAUUGGGCUGAGCAACCGAGAUGUCAUCGGUAUUGCUGAAACCGGUUCUGGAAAGACAGCAGCCUUCGUUAUUCCAAUGCUUGCAUUCAUCUCUUCUCUUCCUACUUUCACCGACGAAAACCGUCACCUCGGCCCCUACGCCUUGAUCCUUGCUCCCACUCGUGAGCUUGCGCAACAAAUUGAAUCGGAGUCGAGAAAAUUUGCGACGCCAUUAGGCUUCAAAUGUGUUUCCAUUGUUGGUGGACGUGCUGUUGAGGAGCAACAAUUUAAUUUGCGUGAAGGUGCCGAAAUAAUCAUCGCUACCCCAGGUCGUCUCAAGGAUGUCCUUGAGCGUCAUGUCCUUGUCCUUUCCCAGUGCCGAUAUGUUGUUAUGGAUGAAGCUGACCGUAUGGUCCAUCUAGGAUUUGAAGCAGAUCUUUUGUUCAUUCUUGAUCGACUUCCCAGAAGUGCAAUGGAUGACGGAGGUGCCGUAGAGUCCGCAUUUGAUCUCACACCCAUGGAUGUUGAUAGUAACGAAUAUGGUGAAGGGCAGGAAUCUGAGGAUCUGUCUCUUGAUUCCAAGUCCAAAGUCCGCAACAGGGUCACCACUCUCUUUUCCGCAACUAUGCCUCCCGCCGUCGAGCGUCUCGCACGGAAAUACCUCAAACGGCCAGCAAUCAUCACUAUUGGUGAAGCUGGUCGCGCUGUGGACACAGUCGAGCAGCGUGUAGAAUUCGUGCACGGAGGGGAAGAGAAGAAGAAGCAGAAAUUACUGGAAAUUCUCAAUACAGGCCAAUGGGGAAGCCCUAUCAUCGUUUUUGUCAACCAGAAGAAAACGGCGGAUCUCAUCGCGAAAGAAGUCGGCCGUGCUGGGUGGUCCACGUCUACUUUACACUCUGGUAAGAAUCAGGAGCAACGUGAGGCAGCUUUGCAAGCCCUGAGAGAUGGUGCGGCGGACAUCCUCGUUGCCACCGAUCUGGCUGGACGUGGUAUUGAUGUUCAGGAUGUCACACUGGUCAUCAACUACCAAAUGGCUUCGACGAUUGAAGCGUACGUCCAUCGUAUAGGUCGUACUGGUCGUGCUGGUAAGUUGGGAACGGCGAUAACCCUCUUGACUAACGAGGAUGAUGAGGUUAUGUAUGAUCUUAAACAAGAGAUAUCCAAGAGUCCCGUAUCUAAGGUCCCCCCGGAACUUGCUAAGCAUGAAGCUGCUCAACACAAGGUAUCGAGGGAAAUGAAGAGGAAGAGAGAAGAUGAUGUUGAGUAA